AUGUCGACCCUCAGAUCAUACUCAAAACUUCUUGCCUACGAAGCGUCCCGUAUCCUCUUCCGCCUCGGUUGCGACGUGCGGGUGUACGAUCCGUCAGGCCUCCCAGUCAAAGACGACCAGCAGCAUGACCACCCGAAAGUCCAGGAGCUCCGGGAGCUCAGCAAGUGGAGCGACGGUCAUAUCUGGGUGAGCCCAGAGCAGCACGGCGCUCUUACUGGUGUUUUCAAGAACCAGAUCGACUGGAUCCCACUCUCCACUGGCAGCGUCCGACCGACGCAGGGAAGGACGCUGGCUAUCGCGCAAGUCAACGGUGGCUCACAGUCCUUCAACGCAGUGAACUCGCUACGCAUCCUGGGCCGCUGGAUGAGGAUGUUCACCAUCCCGAAUCAGAGCUCCAUUCCACAAGCUUGGACGCACUUUACCGACGCCGACGAUCCGGUAGACGGAGGCAACCGCCUCAAAGCCAGCUCAAACAGGAACAGGCUUGUGGACUGCAUGGAGGAGUUUGUAAAGUAUACCAUCGUCAUGCGGCCGCACUUUGAUCUGUUUGGGGAUCGAUUCAGCGAGAGAGAGGAGGCGAAGGCGAAGACUGCAAAGUGA